AUGGUAGGCUUCGGGAAAGUCAGCAAUGGGGACAAGCCAUACCAGCUCCAUCUCGUGGUCAUAGGCGCCGGUCUCGCCGGCCUUUCAGCAGCAAUAACUACAAGUCUUGAAGGCCAUCGCGUCACCGUGCUCGAGAAAGUAUCGCAACUUCAGGAGGUAGGCGCCGGUCUUCAAGUGACGCCAAACGCCACGCGCCUGUUGAAACGCUGGGGUCUUUUCGAUGAGCUACGCAAACGUGCCGCUGCGCCGUCGUCCUUGACUGUUCGCCGGUACGACGGUAGCGUGGUGCUCGCGCAAGAGGACAGCUUUCAGGAGAAGAUGCAGGAUAAGUACGAUGCGCCCUUCUGGAAUCUUCACAGGGCGGACUUGCAGACGGCUCUCGUGGGCCGAGCAAUCGAGAUUGGUGUUGAGAUCCGACUCGAUUCUGAGGUAAUCGAUUUCGACUUCUCCGCAGCAACGGUGAUGCUAAAGGGGGAGAAUUGGUACACGGCGACGUCCUUCUGGCUGCAGACGGCUUGUGGUCGCAAAACAACCCUCCCGAGCCCGACCGGCGAUCUCGCCUGGCGCAUCAUCCUCAACCUCGAAGACUUGAAAGACCCGGAGCUCGUCGAGUGGGUAUCGAAGCCGACGGUCAAUUUCUGGAUCGGCCCCUAUGCUCACGCGGUGGGCUACUCCGUCAAGGGCGGGAAGCAAUUCAAUCUCGUCCUGCUCUCGCCCGAUGAUCUUGAGAAAGACUUGAGCAGAGCGGAGGGCAACCUUGAUGAAAUGAAGAAAUUGUUUGCAGCGUGGGAUCCAAUCUUGAUGAAGUUCCUUAAAUGCGUGCAGAGUGUGGACAAGUGGAAAUUGAUGCACUGUAAGUCACAUCCCAAAUGCCACAAGAAUAUCUCUGAUGGAUCUGCAGGUCCCACACUCGACCAUUGGAGGAAUGAUAAGGGGAAUUUUGUCAUGGCCGGCGACGCCUGCCACCCGAUGCUCCCCUACCUUGCCCAAGGCGCCAACUCCUCUCUCGAGGAUGGCGCCGUACUCGGACGCCUCCUCGGCCACGUCAGACACUCCGCCGACGUUCCUCACGCCAUUAAGCUCUACGAAGACCUGCGGAAGGAGAGAGGCCGCACCAUUGCGCUUGAGACGUUCAAGCAGCGCGAGGCCUUCCACUUGCCUGACGGGGAGGCGCAGCGACAACGCGACGCCGUUUUCGCCGCCGCCAUGGUCAGCGAGCCCACACCCGCCUUCAGUAGCCGCUGGACGUGCCCAACCUUUCAGCCCUGGCUUUAUGGCUAUGAUGCGUACGUUGAGGCCGAUCGGGCGUUUGACGUGACGAAGCAGUAA